AUGGCGCCAAUCGACCUACCCAAUCUGUCCAGUAACUGGAGGGUCCUGCAGAAGAGACUGCAGGCUUCAAAAGCCGCCGAGGCCAUCACCGCACAGCCUGCAGACGCAGACAAGCCGUUGUUGAAGCGCAAGCGGUCUGGCAAGACGUCCGAGGCGCGUGCGACCCAGUCUCCAAGCGGAGCAGUGAAGAAGGUCGCAUACAGGCAGCGGAAACGGCAGAAAAUGGAGGAACCAGCCGCCGUCGGCGCCUCGAUCAAGCAGCAUGAACCCAAGUCGCUGUCGCGCAGCGUGUCGAUGCCCUCGCUCAAGCACUCGAGCCUCCUCGCCUCCUCCAAACGAGCAGCCGAAUCCAUUUCCGUACUGACUCCGUCCGCCGACUUCCCCGACAUCGAGAACGAAGGCGUCGCCGAGAAGGCUUUGCCCGCAAAGUACAUUGCGCUGGACUGCGAGAUGGUCGGAAUAGGCCCCGAGCCCAAGAAAGACUCUGCGCUGGCAAGAGUAUCCGUGGUGAACUACCAUGGCCACCAGAUCUACGAUUCGUACGUGCAGAUACCGGAGAAGGUGACCGUCACCGACUACCGCACCGAUGUGUCCGGCAUUGAGCCCAGGCACCUUCGGAAGGAUGUCGCGCGACCUUUCAAGGAAGUUCAGGCCGAUCUCAAGAUCCUUCUCGCAGGGCGCAUUCUCGUCGGCCAUGCUGUCAAGAACGAUCUGGACGUACUCAUCCUAAAGCACGACAAGCGCUACAUACGAGACACUUCCAAGUACUCCAAGUUCCGCGAACUCGCCCAGAUACCCGGUCGGACGCCCUCGCUGAAGAUCCUUGCCGAGAAACUGCUGGGAGUCGAGAUACAGGUGGGAGCGCACAGCUCGGUCGAGGAUGCAAGGGCAACCAUGGCGCUUUUCCGCCUGGAGAAGGAAGGUUUCGAUCUGGAGGUGCGGGAGAGAUACGGAAACAUCAGCGUCGGCGCUACGGGCGUUGAGGUCGAAGUCGGAGCUGACGAGUCGAACAAGCGCAAGAACAAGCCCAAGAAGAAAAAGAAGAAGAGAAACUAG